GAACACUUUAGUCCUCAUCCCAGCUCAUAGAAAUGGCCCCGACCAUUUCCAUACCGGACUCGAGGAUGGGGGACAUCCUCAAUGGCGCGAAGAAGGUAUCCUUCACGCCCACCCAACGCAAACUUAUCGAGCACAUGAUCCGAUCCGGUAACUUCGAUGUACUUUUGAACACUCUCAAGGGCUUUCGAAACGGCGUGAUCUACGGCGCGCGGGUUCGCUUCCCGCAUGCGCUGGUGUUGAACCUCGUGUGGAGCAAAGCGCCCUACCACGCGAUGCCCGGGAAGAUUCUCCAGGUGACCAAAACCCACGCCCUGGGCCUGGGCUACAGUGCGGUGCUCUUCGCCGUGGUGCGGGGUGCCCUGCAGGCUCUGACAGGACGCAUCUCCCUCUGGCAUAACACCCUUGCAGGCUUUUUAAUAGGCUUUUUCUUCUGGGGCGAUCCGGAGAAUGGGGUGCAUUUGCAGAUGAUCAUGUACAAGAUGGCACGGGUGCUCUUCGUGCUUUAUCGCGUGCUCGCCGCGAGGCUAAAACUAACGGCCCCGCGGUAUGGGUACGCCCUGUUCGCCGGCGCGGUGUGGGCGACCUCGUUGACGUUAAUGGAAGGCAGUCCAAACUCCCUGCAGUCGACGAUGCAGAGCUCGUUGGAGUAUAUCUUUUUAGAUAAGAAGAUGAAGUAGCGCGCUCGCCCGAGUGAGCGUUAUUCUACCGAUAAACAAGGGAUAAAGCAUGCUCUAUGAGAGGAAACAAUAAUUAUAAUAAUGAGGGAACAUUUUUACCAGUGAAAAUAUAUUUGAUUGUGCAUCAGAUUUGAGGAUUGUGAACUAUAAUAUAUAUAUAGAGAUAUAUGUAUCAAUAUGUAUAUAUACAUAAUUACCUUUGAAGUCGACUGCACUCUCAGACGACAUGUGGAUCUUAUUUUUGUAUGUCAAGUUUAUUUAUUACCUGUUAUCAAGAGGAUUUUAAAGCAGGGUAUCGGUGAACCAUUUGGGUUGAGUACUUUGCAAAAGCGAGAGAAAA